AUGGAAUGGAAUUCUCAUUACAUAUGGCCUUUCAUUCCCUCAAAAUCAUUCCAUCUGUCCCCCCAUGUUUUUUCCAUUCCAUCCCCCUUUCACCAUUCACUAACAAAACCACAACCCACCACUGUCGCCACCACCGUUGUUGCCACCCACCGUCGUCGUCGACACCCACCGCCGCCGCCACCCAUCGCCGCCCUUUGUCGCCACCCACCUCCGCCCUGGUCAUCACCCGCCACUGACACCGCCACCCACCUUGGCCACCCACCACCACCGCUGUCGUCACACACUUCCGCCACCGCCAUCACCUGCUACCACCCAUCUCCACCGCCACCCACCUCCACACUUGUCGUCACCCCCGACCACCCACCGUUGCCGCCACCCACCGCCAACGUCACCACCCACCACCACCACCACAUCCGCCGCCACCCACCGCUAACGUCGCCACCCACCACCACAUCCGCCGUCACCCACCACCACCCAUCGCCACCGCCACCCACCUCUGCCUUUGCCGUCACCCGACACCACCGGCCGCCCCCGCAACCGCUACCCACCUCUUACUGA